UUGUCGCCUGGCGUGACGCAAUGGAGACACCUGAUUCCCGGAUCACGUGACGGCGCUGUCCUAAGCUGUCAACUUGUCGUGGCUUUCAGGAUAGGAAAUUAAACUCGCGUUCUCGAUUAAAGAGACAAAAUGACUCAUGCGUUUAAAAACUGUUCAAACUUGAUGGUCACCGGAGCCAGUCGAGGCCUCGGGCUGCAGAUAGUUGAGAGUCUGGUAACGGGAGGCUUCUCUCCCGGGAAGAUUAUCGCUACUGCUCGCAAUCCAGAAGGAGCAAAGGAUUUGCAAACGUUGGCAGAAGAACAUGAAAACGUGUACGUUAUUAAACUGGAUGUUACAUGUCAGGAGAGUAUAGAGAGAGCCGCAACUGAGGUGGAACAGCUCGUUCACGAGGAGGGUCUUAACUGUCUCAUCAACAAUGCUGGAAUUAAUGUAGUUGCCAACCUUGAGACGGUGACUGCCGACAAGAUGUUGGAAAACUUUCACACCAACUCUGUUGCCCCGUUGAUGAUCACCAAGGCCAUGCUCCCACUGCUGAAGCGAGCGGCUACAAAGGGCACAGGGAUGGGAAUGGGCAUCCACAGAGCAGCAGUCAUCAAUAUGACAUCUCUACUGGGUUCGAUUGAGCUGUACUGGGGUGAUCGUGCCGGCACUUUCAAAUGGUAUCCAUACAGAACAUCAAAGAGUGCACUGAACAUGGUCACCAGAUGCUUGGCAGUGGACUUGGAGGCAGAUGGGAUCCUGUGUAUGGCUCUGCAUCCAGGCUGGGUACGCACUGAUAUGGGUGGACCUGAAGCACCAUUGAGCUCUGAAGAAAGCAUUUCCAGUGUGUUGUCUGUGAUUGGUGGUUUAACUGAAAAGGAUCAUGGGUCAUUUCUUCACUAUACUGGUGAACAACUACCCUGGUGAUGCUGCAGGUGUUUUUCAGAUGCAAGAAAUAGAGGCUUUAUUUUUGUUCUGCUUUACAUGUAUGUACUGUAUGUAUAUUUACAUUAUUGGCAUUAAAAGCAUUGAAUUAAUGGUAACAUAUUGUCUGGUAAAUAAUGAACAAUCUUUUCAUCAUUUAUUCUUGUUUAACUGCACCAAACCAGCAAAUUGUGAAUAACAUUCAGAAUUUCAGUUAUCUUCAUAAAGUACAUCAGGGUAUCAGAAAAGAUUUUCUAAAAAUAUCGGAAACUACCUUUUAGCAUAUUUAUUAUUUAUUAACAGCUUUGUAUUGCAUUAAAAUGUUGUGGGUGUACUGUACUGACAUUAAAUGAGUUUGCUAAUAUUGUUAAAUCAAAACUGUAUGUAUAUGUAUGAAUAAAACUGUAUUCUGUUA